AUGAGAUCCGUCGAAGAGAUGGCCGCACCUCACAUUUUGUCAGCGAUCGAGCCAAUGAUAUCAGCAACGGGCAUGUCAAUGGGACAUCAUGGCACAUCGAAUCGCAGUCCGGAUGUCGAUCGAAAUUUGAGCAUCGUACUUGACGAUCGUGAUUUAUGGAUGCGAUUCCAGAAUUUGACUAACGAGAUGAUUGUUACGAAGAAUGGCAGACGAAUGUUUCCCGUAGUAAAAAUAACCACAAGUGGCUUGGAUCCUGCGGCGAUGUACACUGUCCUUCUGGAAUUCGUGCAAAUUGACAGUCAUCGUUGGAAAUAUGUAAAUGGCGAAUGGGUUCCCGGCGGAAAAGCUGAAGCGCCUCCAUCAAAUCCGGUCUACGUUCAUCCCGAAUCUCCUAAUUUUGGCGCGCAUUGGAUGAAAGAACCAAUUUCCUUUGCAAAAGUCAAACUUACGAACAAAACAAACGGUUCUGGACAGAUAAUGUUGAAUUCUCUGCACAAAUACGAGCCUCGUGUGCAUCUUGUGCGUGUUAAUUCUGAACAACGACGCGUUGUGACAUAUCCUUUUCCGGAAACGCAGUUCAUUGCUGUCACAGCGUACCAAAAUGAGGAAGUGACGUCACUUAAAAUCAAAUAUAACCCCUUUGCAAAGGCGUUUUUGGAUGCUAAGGAACGUCCUGACUCGACAUAUGCGCGAGAAAAUCAAACUUACGGAUGGUUUUUACCUCAUACAGCUUAUUCGGCGCCUCAACCGACGUUUAGCACAUCAGAUCGUUAUCAAUAUUCGUCAGCGGCGUCAUCGCAAAUGAGAAGUAAUCGAGUUACGCCUUAUACGACACAACGUCCCUCGAAACAAACGUCUGUUUCGCCGUCUCCCGUUCCAACAUCGAGUAAGAAAAUCAAUUUUUUGUAUAAAUUCUGAUUUUUCAAUGCUUUUUUUGUAGAAUCAAGUCCCGGAACAUCUUCAACGGCAUUUUCCGCAUAUCCCCCGAGUUCGUCAGCGUGGCAAAUGACACAAUCGUCUUCCGGCACAUAUUGGAAUAGUCCUGCCCCGAGCAGUCCGAGCUCCAUUCAAGCACAUAAUUCGUCACCGACGCCGUCAAAUGGCUCGCCACACUAUAACACAGCGUCGCCUACAUACAGUCACUCACAUUUGACGUCGCAAUAUAUUCCGGCGGUGAAUCAAGCGGAAAUUUAUCAAAAUGCAACGCCACCACCGCAGAUUUGCACAACUGGAUCACAUCAGAUUUAUCAUCCUCCACCAGCGGUCUCUCCAUCAACAUAUCAAAUCUAUGGAAACGUUUUGAACCCAAACACAAUCACAAAUUUGAGUUAUUCGACUUCGUGGCAUCCCGGCGAUUACUUUCAAUCAACUUACCAUUAUCCAACGGGAGACUACAUUCCAAUAAUCGGUGAUCUAAACACGUACGCUCAAACCGUAGAACCAAUCGAGCCAGUUAAAAUUCAUCCUGGAUUGUCACCGAGCUCAUUUUAUCACAACAAUAAUAACAACGAAGCAGUUGUUGUUGGUGAAGCUUCCGUCAUUCAAGAAAAUUGCAAUAGUAAUCGGACUCCAGAAAGAGAAAUUAAAACUUGGACUCCUUUGACGCCAUCAACGCCUGUUACUAAUAGCUAAGAAACGUGCAAAAAGAAAAAAAAAUAUGAAAAAAUGAUCUGAAGUUCUUGUAAAAAGUAUUAGAUAGUAUGGAAGUUAAUCAUUGUUGUUUAGACUCAAAAGUUAAGUUUUAGAAAAAAAG